AUGUCUAUCCUUCUUCCCACAAAUUUACCACAAUACCCUUCUCCCUCCCUCUCCCUUUCCACUCCACUCCUCUCCCCGUCGCCUCACACCGCCUUCUCCUUCUCCUUCCUCCCAACUCGCCGUAAAUGCCUCAGAUUCGUCACUUCCUCUGUCGCCUCCGUUCAAUCCGCCGUCGCCAACGGUUCCGCCCCCGCCGCCGUCGUCGUCGAGCGAGACCAGAUUCGCCUCGGUCUCCCUAGUAAGGGUCGCAUGGCCGCCGAUGCGAUCGAUCUUCUCAAAGACUGUCAAUUGUUUGUCAAACAAGUCAAUCCUAGGCAAUACGUUGCGCAAAUUCCACAGUUACCAAACACUGAAGUCUGGUUUCAGCGGCCAAAAGAUAUUGUUAGGAAGUUACUCUCUGGAGAUCUUGAUCUUGGUAUCGUUGGCCUUGACACUCUUAGUGAAUACGGUCAGGGAAAUGAAGAUCUUAUCAUUGUCCACGAAGCACUCAACUUUGGAGACUGCCAUCUGUCCAUUGCGAUACCCAACUAUGGGAUUUUUGAGAACAUAAAUUCUCUGAAGGAGCUAGCAGAAAUGCCACAAUGGAGUGAGGAGAGACCAUUGCGCGUUGCCACUGGCUUCACUUAUCUCGGCCCCAAAUUUAUGGAAAAAAAUGGUAUAAAGCAUGUGGCGUUUUCAACUGCAGACGGAGCUCUGGAGGCAGCUCCGGCGAUGGGUAUAGCUGAUGCUAUUUUGGACCUCGUGAGUAGUGGGACAACACUCAAAGAGAAUAACUUAAAAGAGAUUGAAGGAGGGGUUGUGCUGGAAAGUCAGGCGGUACUUGUGGCAAGCAGAAGAGCAUUGACCGACAGAAAAGGAGCGUUAAACACAGUACACGAGAUUCUUGAGAGAUUGGAGGCCCAUCUGAAGGCAGAUGGCCAGUUCACUGUUGUUGCGAACAUGAGAGGAAAUAGUGCUCAGGAAGUGGCUGACCGCGUGUUGAGCCAACCAUCAUUGUCAGGACUGCAGGGACCAACAAUAAGCCCAGUUUACUGUAAACAAGAUGGAAAAGUAUCGAUUGACUAUUAUGCAAUUGUGAUUUGUGUGCCAAAGAAGGCCUUAUACGAGUCUGUGAAGCAACUCAGAGCGGUUGGAGGCAGUGGGGUGUUAGUUUCACCUCUUACCUACAUUUUUGAUGAGGAAACUCCAAGAUGGGGUCAACUCCUGAGAAACCUCAAGCUUUAA